CUUACUUUUUAUUUUAGAGUUUCAAGAUAGGGGAAUAGAUAAUUUGAUCACAGAUGAGGUUAUCGAAAUGUCUCUUGUGAAUUCUUUACAAGAAAUAGGUGCCGGACUAAUUUCCACUCGAGCAAAUGAGAGAAAGAAAAAUGCAGAGGCCUUGAAAAACUUCCUGACGGGGAAUGCAGUUCCUGCACUUCUUAGCAAUAAUACUAUAAAGAAAAAGGGAUAUAAUUGGAAUAAUGUAUUCGAUGACGUCCACGAAUAUAUAUUAAAGGAAUUGGAGAAAUAUGAGACUUCAAAAACCUUCUUCAAUGUAACGGCACCUCUUUGCACAUCCUUAUUGCACUUGUGCUUGGCUGGAUCCAAUAAAGGCCAAGCAUACAUCAGCUGUGAGAAAGUAAUGGACGCAUGUUUGUUUGUGUUGAAAGACAAACGCAUGGCAACUGCCAUUGGAGAUGCCUAUUUACAGUUGCUGUAUAAACAUGUAUUGCCAUAUGAACAUUAUGUGAGUUUUAUAACACCUGCAACAUGGGAAGAUUUGCUGGAAAUAAGUGUCAAGACAUCUCUAACAAACCACACACAACUCGACACUUACACGUUGUUGCGACUGAUAUGCAGUGUCAUCAAAAAGGCAGCUAGUUGUACCCAAUUUGUGGUGCCAUUGAGAAAUGCUCUGCCACAACUGAAGAAAUGCUUCCAUAGAAUAGAGAGUGAUAAAAAAAAUCAAGAGACUGUGACUGAGAUCACAAGUAUACUAUUAGAAAAGCUUUCAUCCGAAGGCCGACUGACCAUGUGUGAUUUUACAGAGAGCACACUACCCUUACUCUUAAAAUAUUAUGAUCAAAAUGCAGAUCAAAAAAAGAAGGCUUCGGUAUUCAAAGUUUUACAUCUCAUAGUACUUCUACAUCACCCUGAAGGGAGACAUCAAGGAGAGAAUGGUAGCCUUUCUUAUAAUUGGAACAUUUGGAACAAAUAUCUGAACAGUAUCAUGGAGAUCACUUGCUUAGAAGCGAAUUAUUUGCAAAAAUUAAGAAAGCACAAUGACUCAACUCAAUAUUGCGAGUACUAUUAUACGUUGGCCGCAUCAGUAUAUUUUCAGAUUUUGAAUAUGCCUUCACAAUCUGCUGAUGAAACAAUGAAUUCGUCAAAGAGACAGCGAAUUUCAUUGAAUAACUAUAAAUGCUUCUCUGAUCUGAUAGAUGAGCUACAAACCAAUCAUGUGCCAUGGCUUGGAAUUAUAUGCUCCUACAUACAAGACUAUGGCCGGCAUGUAACAGCACAGGAAUAUGUGGUUUUACUAGGUGUUGCAGAACAUUUAGUCUCCAACAAUAAUAUGCAGAGUUAUUGGAAUGUUUUUGAACAAUUUGCGUGUUUAAUCUUGAAUAAUUUAGUUGACAUGCCGGGUAACAACGAGAAAUUGACGACCGAGCCUUUGGUGGCGUUGUGGAACUCUUGUGUCAGGAACUCCUCAUCUGUUAACGAUGCUCAUAAAGCGACACAUACUAUUAUGCAAACAUUGCUUGAAUUGUACAACUUUGAAUUUCAAACUGUGCAGCCAUUACUGAAAUUGUAUUUUGAGAAAGGCAUGCCGGUCACAGACUCGAGUAUAAAAACAUUAUGUUGUGUUUAUCACAAAUAUUAUAGCAAGUGCAGUAACGAGCUAGAGAGGAGAAAAUGCCUCGCUUGGCUUUUUCAGGGAAAUAUAAGCUCAUUAGAAGUGAAUCGCGUAAGGCAUUUCUUCCUACGCAUGAUUGCAAAUGAGAAUUUCACUUUCCAAGAAAACAUGCCUAAGAAACACAAUGAUCCUUUAUAUGAAAUAUUAUUCAAUUCCAAGGGAAAAGAUACUCUAUUUAGUAUAGGCGAUCUCGAUAUAAUAAAGGGAAAGGAAACUUCUAAACAUGUUCUCCAAUCCAUGGAACUGAACAAUGAAAUAGCCGGAAUAGUACAAGAAUAUUUACAGGGAGAAAUAACUUGUCAUGUCGAAAAGUUAAAUCUACGAGAGAUAGGCCCAUUAGAUUUUAUCCAGUAUGCUCGGGUAGUUAUAGCAUACAUUGACGUUACUUUGCAAAUUAGCCCAGUUAUGCAGUCUCAAAUUGAAGAAAGCCAGUUGUGCAUUUGCUUGAAAACUGGUUUAAAAACCAUGUCCCGGGCCUUGGCUAAAAUGCUUAAAGAGAGCAAAGACGCCAGAGAUAAGACAAAUAUGUUGCAAUGUAUGCGGGAUCUCUGGCUUACAGAUUAUCAUCCAAUAGUGAACUCUUUAGUGCGUUCUUGUGCCGAUCACGAGUUUUUCGCGAGCAUAAAUGAAAUACUGAGCGUACAACAACCUAAAGAUGACGACGAAUACGUAAAUGACUCUGAUUAUAAUCCUAGCGCUACAAAACACAACUGUAUCUGGCUGCUAGCAGCAUAUUGUCGGAAGAGUUCUGAAUAUAGAGAUGAUAUUUUUGAGCUAAUAUUAGACCCGGCGUUGUAUGAGCUUACGUCUCCUUGGGACGUCAAAUGUGCCUUCCAGUGCAUAAGAAUACUGAUUGCAGAAAGCGUGGAAGAAUGUCCCCUCGCCUCAGUAUUUUCUCUUCUGAGCAAUAUGUGUAGAGCGUUAUUUCGAAAUUCGGAAGCAACUGAGACAAUACUCCACAUCUUAUUGGACAUACUCGACCGCGUUUGGACGCUAGACAACAAUAUGAAACAAAACUGCUUCAUUAUGGUCAAAGGGUACUUGCAACGCUGUGAAAAAUUGUACUACCCUCCUCAUGUUGCCGCUCUGAUCUUGAAAUGCGUCGCCAGAAUGGCUGAAUUAAACAAUAAUAAUAAUAACGAUAUGGGGAGCAUCUUCCGAGAUGCCCUAGUGGACCAGAUGAAAAGCAUCACACACAGCUUACGUUUGUACACUUGUUAUCUGUUGGACGUGAUUACGAAUAACCUUACUGACACUGAUAUAGAAGCUUGUUUUACUGGGCUAUUGGAGAUCUUUGUUAUAAAUGUAUCUGAUACAAAUGAACAGAUAAUAAAAGAUGAAUCAACAAAUCGUACUUUGACGGUUCUUCAUAAUUUCCUCGCCCUAGCGCAAGCAAAACACUCAUCAAUCCAUAGAGUGAUUACUGGUCUUCUAUUAAUAAAGACAGAGAAAUCGUUGGAUGCAUCAUUAGUAAAGAUAUUUUUGAAUAAAAUUACUAAAUCGGUGACGUGCGGAGACAUUGAAGCGUACCUUGAAGACAACAUAGUUUCUGUCAUUCAUUUCUGGAUAUCGAAAAACAAAAAGAUUGAAGAAUUGCCAUUCGAAGUGUUAGGAUUUCAAAAUGUAGACAGUUUUCUGGAAAAACAUAUGAAAUGGAUAAUAGCGGCAGAUAGUUUGUGGAAUAAUGAAGGCGAUGUGAUGAAAAGUCACUUUUUAAAUACGAUAAAACAGAAAUUACGCAAAAGUGAAAAAAACAUUAUAGAGAUGUGUUUGCCCAACAUGAUGGUGUUAUGCUUACCCUACAUUUUGACCCAAAAAUACAGCCUCAAUUUCUCGGGCCCCGACCAAUACGCCUUCCUUCAAUCUGCGAAGCACGCCAACAACAUGUUCAAAACCACGAGAAAUGUACUGGACAGUGACAAAUGGAGUUGCUUGUUUGCGGAGGCGAUCCCGGAGCUAAUACUGAUGGGUGCGAUGCACUUGCGCGACCAGGCGGGUGUCGAAGAGAUGUUUGGAGUGAAUAUACCAGCAAAUACGGAGUCUUAUUUGUAUCCAAAGGCUGUGUUUAGUUCGAUGUUGAGAUAUUUUGGAGAAAUAACUGGCGGAAAUAUAAUGCAGUACUUGUGCACAAACCAAGCCACCACGAUAUUCGACAUACUGCUUAAGUUAUGGCAAAAUGUUCUCCAAACGAAAGUUUUCGAAUUCCGAGUAAUGUCCUUAUACUCGUUCGUAACAUUUGUCGAGUGUGUUCCUCUAGGGUUUGACUCCGACGCGUUCGUUGCCAACUUCACAUGCAAUCAUCUCACUCAGGCAAUCAAAUCUUCCACAAAGAAAGACGAAUUGCGCGUAUUGACACAAUCGCUAAAGAUUGUCUUAACGAGACUUUUGCCGCAAUAUGCUGAUCUGAUUAGAAAACCGAUGCUAAAGGCUUUAUCAGUAUUGCUAAUCAAAAAAGAAGAAGGUUUUGACGAAGAAUGUGAAGGAUUGUUAAAAUAUUUAGCUCUGGAUAUGAAAGAGACUCUGAGACAGAAUGAAGACGUGGUGGAUUUCAGCAAUGCGUCUCACGGAGCUGUGUUGUCUUGCGCGUCGAGUGUGGAGUUCUCCGAAAGACUUAAAGCGUAUAGUUUUACUCUCACUUGCCCGAGUCAUGAAGCUUUAAGCAACCUACGGCAGUUCGUCAAGUUGAACAAACACCACGUCAACAAAUUGUGCGAAGAAUUAAACACCAAGCAUUUUUCUGAAGAAUGCAAAACGAGCGUCAUACAUCAAGUCAUCUACGCUCUCACCAACAUUAUGAAAUCUUCGUCUGAUGAUAAGAUCAUAAUCGAAGCGUGCAACUGUUUGGCAGAGAUCGGCACAUACGACUUAAAAACCAUCGUCACCGUGCCCCCGCCAGAUACAAAGCGGGUGAUACAUUUACCGCCGAAACAAAGCUUCGCUUUCGCCGUCGUGGCGGUCCUUUCCGAGGUUCUCUGCGAUGACAACCCAGCAGCUACUAACAAGGCCGUAGGGGCGUUGAGUGAUUUAUUUAAAUAUCGUGAAGGAAAAGAUGCUUUAGAAUUGGGGAACGUAAAUGUCCAACUCCUGAAGCCCUUCUUGUCGCCUAAUAGCGUCAGCGACAACGCAUUUUUUACACAUAGCCGUAAACUAGAAAACUGCUCAUCUGUCGGGUUUUGGAUCCCAAAAGACAAGGAAGAUCACAUCCAGUGGUUGGCUAGGAUAACCGCUGCAUUACUCGAUGUGCUGGUGUCGGAUACAAAUUAUAUAAAAACUCUGAAAGAAGUAUGCAAAAUUAAGCCAACAAUUUGCCAGCACAUUCUCCCAGGCUUGGUCGGACUACUUCUCUAUUCAUCACCUGAAACACACAUACAGAUGUUCAGCGAUCAAAUAAACAAUUUCUUUAAAUUCAUCUGGAACAUGAACUUCGAUGAUGAAAUUGACAACAGCGGUGAGCGCUGUAACCGCAGCUCAAAUGUGAUUGGCCAUGAUCGCAAAAUGAUUAUUCGGUAUAUGAUUGAUAUUGUUAAUUUCGUACGACUGCAGAGGACUCAUUAUAAAUCGCGCCCUGACCGUACCCCAGUGGACGCGCUGAACUACUUGAGGCUCGACUACGACAAGGUGGCCUGGGCGGCCUCCGUGGCCGACCAGAACUUGGUGGCGAUAUAUUACGGGGAGCUGUGGGCCGUCGCGCAGAACGGCGACGUUCCCCCGCCUUCGUCAGAACGCACUACCAAUCUGGACGGCGGUGAUAAUAUUCAGAGGAUUUUCAGAAAGUGUUUCGUAUCUAUCGGCGAAAUGGAUGCUGUCGAUGGCUGCGGCACAGCGCAUCUGACAAGCGAGGCGGAAAAGCGGAACCACCUCAUCAACACGGGCCAGUACUCGGACGCGCUACUGUCUCACGACAUCGCCUUGUCUGGCGGUGUUUCUUCGGACCUGCAGUUAGGUGUUGUGAGGUCGCUGUACAAGUCUGGCAUGCACCAUUUGGCCCUGCAGUACAUUAAGUCGCUACCGGAGAACGAUCAGCUUAACGAUGUUAAGUACGAUUGCUUGACCUGUCUUGGAGAUUGGAACCAUUUCGUUGAUACAAAAGAUUUGGAGGAGAAGUCCAAGACUUCAAUGAAAACUCCUCUAUCGCUUAUAAAAGCACUGCGUUACGCUUGUCUCAAAGACUGCUUAAACGUGCAAGCGGGACAGAACCUGGACUCCAAGCUUACUCUACCCCUAGACAGAGCCAAGCUGGCUGUUUCCAAAUGGUGUCAGAACUUCAAUAUGGAAAACUGUCAGAACGUGUACAGAGUUGUAGCGAACUUGCAACUGUUUAGUGACAUUGAGGAAUACUUUUUAGUCAGAAGCAAUAAACUAACGGUAAAUCGUUUAUUGAGUAAUUGGAGGGUCGAGAAACUGCCUUCUUUUCACGAUUUUAAGCACCUGGAAUCGUUGAUAUCGCAAAGGAGUUUGAUACUCGAACAUGCUGGGAAAAAUUACAAUACAUUUUUGAAGGAUAUUGUAUCGCUCCAGUUGCAAUACGCUGAAUUGGGACUGUCCAAUGGAAGACUUCAAAUGGCUCAACGUCUGUUGUCUGUGGCCAAGAAUUUGCAAAAUAGUGACGCGGUGUCUUUGGUAGAGAGUCGAGUGUCUUGGGCCAAAGGCCACAGGGAAAUCGCGCUUUCUCUUAUUCGCAUGAUGGGAGACCGCACUGAUGAUAUUGAACUUAAUGCUGCCUCGUUAAGACAAUAUGGAAUGUGGAUGGCAGAAUCGAAAUUUGAUAAUCCCAGAGACAUAAUAAACAAAUUCCUGAAGAAAAGUCUCGACGUUUUGGCUGGAAGCGACCACAGGCAAACAAGACUAAAGGUUUACCACGACAUUGCCAAAUUCGCAGACUCUGAAUAUAAACAGGUAGUUUCAUAUAUGAAUUCUUCAAUUUUCGAACAUAAAUUAAAAUGUAUGGAAAAUAUGAAGGAUGCGGCAGACUCCCUGAGAACAACUUCAACGCAACAGCAAUUGACCAGGGAUGAAAAGAAAUAUCUGGCGACUACGAGAGGAUUGAGUAACUUGGACGAGGCAGAUAUUGCAAAUACAAAGGCUGAAAAGCAACGAUACUUGCAACUAGCUAUGAGGUACUAUCUGCUAUCCCUAAAGCACAGCGAAGAAAACAACCUAUCAGUGUUCCGGGUCAUCUCCCUGUGGCUGGCUAACCCAGGCCUAGAGUUGGACACGGACGGCGACAGUUUCGAGGCGCUGCUACGCGCGCUGCCGUCACGCAAGUUUCUAGCGGCGCUUCCACAGUUGGCACCUCGGCUGGCACAGGAAACCGGGGCGUUUGCUGACAAUUUGAACAAUGUUUUGAAACGUUGCGCGAAAGAGCACCCGCACCACACUCUCCCCAUCCUCUUCAGUCUCAAGAAUUCGGACAAAGACAUGCGCAUCCUGAACGCAAGUCGGCACGCGACAGGCGACGCGCCGACAUCGACGCAGGAGCCUCCGGAGCCGCGCGUCGGAGCGACUGAGGCAUUGAUAGCGGCGUUAGCGGCUGAAAGCUCGGCUCUAGCUAAAAUUAUAGCACAGAUGGAAUGCAUGUGUGAUGCUACAAUAAGCUUCGCAAACUACAAAACGAAGGAGAAAGCUCAGAAACAAAUAAUACCGUCCGCUGAACUGAUACACCGACUCGGUCGGCUGGAUGCUAUACCUGUGCCUAUUGAUACGAUACCCGUGAGGCAUGAUUGCAACUAUUCGUAUCUACCAACUAUCGAUUCAUUCGAGAACAGUUUUGAACUAGUUGGAGGGAUAAACUGCCCAAAGAAAAUCAUCUGUAGAAGUUCAGAUGGAAGGAGAAGGAUCGUUUUAGUAAAGGGCGAGGACGAUCUAAGGCAGGAUGCCGUCAUGCAACAAGUAUUCAACAUCGUAAAUACAUUGCUGGAAAGGAACUCCGUGACCAGCCGAAAUAAGCUUCUUAUACGAACAUACAAGGUGGUGCCGAUGUCUCGUCAGUCGGGAGUGCUGGAAUGGUGCGAAGGUACCCUGCCGCUGGGUGCAUACUUAGUGGGAACUGGCACCACGGGUGCUCACGCGCGUUAUCGACCGAAGGAUAUCUCAUGCACCGCUGCUCGUGCCAAAUUCACCACUAUUCAGAACAAAAGGACGUUGUCAGAGAAGUUGGCAAUUUUCAUGAGCAUACUGAAGAAUUUCAAGCCAGUUUUCCACAACUUCUUUACUGAACAGUAUCUAGAUCCCGUGACUUGGUAUGAACGGCGCCUGGCUUACACCAAAAGUGUUGCUACCUCGUCGAUGAUGGGUUAUAUCUUAGGUUUGGGAGACAGGCACGUUCAAAAUAUUCUAAUUGACAAGAAUACUGCUGAAGUGGUGCACAUCGAUUUCGGAAUCGCGUUCGACCAAGGGAAAGCUCUUCCAACGCCCGAAACGAUACCGUUCCGUUUGACACAGGACAUGAUCGCCGGGUUUGGAUCCAGUGGUGUGGAAGGCAUCUUUAGAAAGUCCUGUGAAAAAACAAUGCAACUGUUGCGCGACAACCAUGAAACUUUAUUGACAAUAUUAGAGGUUCUGCUUUGUGAUCCGUUGUACGCGUGGACUACGAAGAAGUUGCGGUCGACGCAAAAAGAUGCAAAUGUGGCGCGUCCAACGGGCUCAGUGGCGGAUCUAGCGGAGCGGGCGCUGCUGGCCGUGGGCAGCAAACUGCAGGGCACCGAGGACGGCGCGGCGGGCGGCGUGGCCGUGCCCGGGCAGGUCGCGCGGCUCAUCCGCUCCGCCACCGACCCCGCCAACCUGUGCCGGCUCUACCAAGGCUGGCAGCCUUACCUGUGAUUGCACU